AUGGCCCUUCUCCUCUUCUGUCUGACUCUGCUGCCACUGCUCGUGUCUCCAAAGAUCCUGACGGUGGAGCCAGACUCAGACCAGUUCUUCAGUUCUUCAACAAUCAGUCUGAAGUGUGAGGCUCAGUGGACUGUGAAGAGAGGGUCUGGGUCUAAGGUCGAGUCCUGUGGCUUUACCAAAGACUUUGGUAACUUUGACAUAACAACUUCCACCUGCCUCCUGAAUACCCUCCUCCCCUCAGACUCUGGUGUGUACUGGUGUGAGUCUGCAGAAGGAACUAGAAGCCCAGAGCGCCUCCUGUCUGUCACAGGUAAAAACCUGAUCCUGGACCUUCCUGGACCGUCUGUAGAAGAGGGAUCCAGCAUCACUCUGAGCUGUAGGACCAAGCCUGGGACCGAGUCUGGCUCUGGUCCGGUCCUGCUGAAGGAUGGCCUCGUCGUACAGAACAGCUCUGAGUGGACUUUCACUGUGGAGAAGAAAGAUGAAGGAGAAUACAGCUGCAGAGAUGGAAGUGAAGAGUCUGAGAUGAGAAGGCUCCAGGUCACAGUGCGGCCCACAACCACUCCUACCUCCUCGCCUCCUACCUCCUUGUCUCCUAGCUCUUCUGCUCUGUCUUCUCCAGAACCCAGUGGUGCUCCUACUGGCUUCACCCCAUUUCUGCUGGGUGGUCUGGUCCUGCUGGUUCUGGUCCUGGUCCUCGUCCUAGUCCUGGUUUUGCACAGAAGACGGACUCGAGCAGAUCCAGAAAAAGAUGUGACUUAUGCCGACAUCACAGUGAGAGGGGUAGAAGAGAAUCUCAGUGAGUUCAGCGUCGUCCUCUCCUCCUCCACGGAUCGCUGGGAGUUUCUGAGCCAGAACACCCUGGAGUCCUAG